CGUGUUUCCGGUCGGUUGCUAGGAGACACUGGGACGCUGCUGGUUACCGAGUCCGACACCUUCUCCAGGGAACCAUAUUCUAGAAGAAACAUUGGCAGAAGAUGUCUGGGUUGCUGGUGGAAUCGCAAUGGAAGGGUAUACCGCGCAGAGUGUCCACUUUUAUCUCCUUCCCAGAAGAAAUUGGAGAUUCCCAGGAACCCCCUCCUCAGCCAAGCACCGAGGGGAACCUGCAAAUUCACAAAGUCAUUGAAUGUGGGAAGGAGAUGUUGAGCUGCCAGUUUAACCCGUCUGGGGUCAUGCUAGCUGUUGGACUAAUCAAUGGCUUAAUACAGGUAUACUCAGUGUCUGAUGGGACCUGCGUGCACACUUUGCAGGAUGAUCAGUCGGUCACAGCUGUCACUGCCCUUCGAUUUCUACCCCACCGUCAUAUGUCUCAGGGAGACCUGCUACUCGCCUCAUAUGCUGGGGGCCAUGUGAAAUUCUGGCACAUACCCACUCAGAGCUGCGUCCGUACCCUCUCUGAGGACAGACAGACACUCACAAUUGCCAUCAAUCCAUCUGGCAGCCACUUCCUUACGGCAGGCUCCAGUGACGAUAUCCUUGUGUAUGACACAGAGUCUAUGACAUGCGUGAACAUCUGCCAACCAAGUUCCUCUCUGUCCGUUAUGGACGGACACCGAUCUCGUAUCUUCGGCUUGAGCUUUAACCCAAACAGUGAAGAAGAGUUCAUAUCUGGAGGUUGGGAUGACACUAUACAGUUUUGGAACAUCCACCAACAACAUUCACUGCGAAAAAUCUGCGGCCCUCAUGUUUGUGGGGACUCUCUGCAUAUUGAUCCAGUAACCAAUCAGAUCCUAAUCGGAUCCUGGCGGAAAGCGGAAAAUCUACAGAUUUGGGAUUAUGCCACUGGACAGAAAAUUAGCACCGUGCCUGAUGAUUACAGGGGUCCCUGCAGGGUAUACAGCUGUCGUUGGCUUGGCUCUGAUCACAUGAUUGCAGCCGGAAGUGACAUCAACAUGUGCCGAAUUAUUGAUUGCAAUUCUUUUUUGACUCGAGGCCGUUUGAUUGACCUACCAAGCGGGAUUUACAGCAUGGAUGUCUUUUCCUUCAGUCCCACAGUCUCCCCACUUAUAGCGGUGACCUCUGGUCAGAGCAUCUUCCUGCUGCGCUCAACGCUAAGAGUUAACGCCACUAGCACUGAUUCCUUUUUUAGUUAUUCGUCAGAGGAGAAUCCCAUAUAGAGGAAGCAUCCAGGACUGGAGCAAGAUCUGCAUCGAAUAGCCAUUAUUUAUUGCCCUGGUAAAUGUAUCUCCAUGUGGUUUGAAACCAAUAAAGGACUUUACAAAC